GUUGCUUCCCUUCCUCCAACUCAAAACUUACCACCAAACCAAGUUAUUAACCCCACCAUUCCUAUUAACUCAUCCUUUUCUCUUUUCAAUUGGAGAAAUACGACUUCGUCGCUUAAAGAACGUCCCUAUAUGGGGCGUUCUCCUCCUCUUUCCUCUUCCCCAAACUCUCUCUUUCUUGACACCCGUCAAUUUAAAAUCCCUGACAAAGUUCUUGUUGAUGAGUUCAAAGAUGAACUGAUUGGAGUUGCAUUUAACCCUGCUGUUGGUUUUAUCGAGCUAGUUUUCUCGUCACCUGAAUC